UGCGGGCGUGUUCGCAGGCACCUCCCCUCCUUCGCGCUCUCCUUUACGCACAGGCGCUCCCAGAAUGUGUUAUGGCAGGGGCCGCACAUUGGCAUCCACCAAGCAGCCGCAUGCCACUCUCCCCGACAGCGCCUCCCUGCCUCCUCGGGACGCAGACGGGCUGAGCCGAGCCGACAGCAGACCGGGGGGAACCGUCUGGCACGCCCUCGCAUUAGCAAGACAAAGUGGGGGAAAGUGCUGAACACAUGUCACAAGAAACACGGAUGAUGUGACGUUUAUCACAUUCUGAGGAACAGAAGAGAGAAAAAUGAUGGAAGGACGAAAUGGAACUAUCUCUCCACAUAAAGCAAGGGAAAAUGGAAUUAAAGCCAAGCCUCCUUAUUCAGUGGAAACCCCCUACGGCUUUCGCCUCGACCUGGACUUCCUGAAAUAUGUAGACGACAUAGAGAAGGGGAACACCAUCAAACGUGUUCCAAUCCAGCGCCGGAGCAAGGCCCCACGGGCCAGCACGCUCCCCCGGCCCAUCAACCCCGCUGGCGGCGGCUACCGCCCCAGCCCCUGGGGAUCUACUGGCGCUCUUGGCCCCAGGUCCAGACUGUCAGACAUCCAUCAUCAUGGCUGCACGUCCUGGGCGCAGGAUCACAGGUUGCCCCUUUCGCCCACGGGGCUCAACUCCCUGGCAGAGAUGGAGGCCAGAAUCAAGGAGUUUGACGAGCAGCCGCUGGGGGAGCACAUCAGGCCCAAUCUGCUCCGCGCCUCCAGUCUGCCUCUCACUGUGCUGCUGAGGCAGGGAUCUGAGUCGACCGAGGACCCCGGCAGCCUGCGGAGCUCCAGGGACCGCCUCGGAGGCAGAAACACUUCCUGCGAGGAUGUUCUCUACUCCGCGGGCAGCCCUCGACCCCUGGACAGCUCGGGGCUGCUGAGGCGCCUGACGGAGGCUCUGGAACGCGUGGGGGAGCUGGAGAUGGAGGUGAGAGUGAUUCCGGAGCUCCGGGCUCAGAUCUGCAUCUACCAGGAAGAAAGGGAAAGGCUCCGGCUGGGCCUGGACCCACGGUUCCAGCACCACGCGAUGAACGGCGCCGCAGACAAACACAAGGGCGUCAAAAGGCCUCAGAGUGAAAGCCACGUAACACCCCCUAGUAAUCUCAGUCAGGACGAGUACAAUCCUGCUCAUGAGUGGAGAACUAGUUCAGAUCUGGACGAGCUGCUGACGGUGACGUCUCUGCAGGCUAAGGUGGCGGCGCUGGAGCAAAAGCUCCAUGAGGCCGGCCUGGACCUCCAGAGGGCCCUGGGACUGCUGAGGGAGCAGAAGGAGGAGAGCAGGAGGAAGGACGAGAAAAUGGAGCACCUGAGGAACAAUCCGGCCACGUGGGUCCGCGCCGAGAGGGUGGUGGUGGACCAGGACGGGGAGGAGACGCUGACAGGAGCCACUCAGGCAGAUGGUAAUAGAGCUCCUUCCUCGGGUGGACCAGACACGGCCUGUAGCACGUCCCCUGAGAGCCACUCGCCGGCCUCUGUGGAUCCCACAGACGCCUCAGCCGAGGUCGUCCACCACGUAAGGAAGAUCGAGAGGCUCCUGGAUCAACAGUGGAGGUGUUUGUGUGGAGACGGGGAGACGAAGGAGCAACGCAGACCCCUGAGGCACCCGGACCCCAAGGUCAACGCCCUGCAGCAGGAGAUGAUGGAGCUGGUCAACACCCUCACCUCCAGCCACGCGCAGCAUCAACACAGCGAAGCAGGACGGAAGGUCCCACGCGGAGCCUCUAAAUCUGCCAUGAAGAGAGACGGAUGGACCCAGACGACGCAGAGGCCACGUGUUGAUGAAGGGGUUAAAACAACCUCAAGUGGAGACAGCGCGACCCAAGAGAGCGCUGUCCCCCAUGUCGGCUGGGAGCAGGAGGAGAGCGGCGCCAGCCCGGGGGAGAUGGCUGCGGCUCAGGUGGACGCGGACCUGGAGAGGAACCCGAGCCCGGACAGGCAGAACCCGAGCCCAGACAGGCAGAACCCGAGCCCACACAGGCAGAACCCGGCGGCGGGAACGCGACCGGGGCCGACAGACGGAGGGCUGGCGUCUCCAGGGGAAGCGGCCAGGAUGAAACAGCAGCCCCCGGGAGAACAGAUGGAGGUGCACCCUGGAUCUGGAACCAGCAGCGGGAGCAGGGACGCAGUGAGUGCAGAUUUCAUGGCAGCCUGUCGUUUCCUCAGCGAUCACAUGGACAGUGUGAACAACCCUAAUGAGGAAAUGAGGACGGCGUUGGUGGUGCUGUUCCAGCACUGGUUCAGCGCCGCAGCCGAGGAGGCCGCCGUCGCCAGCAGCGUGUCCGCGCUCCUGGAGGAGGUGAGGAGGAGCACGCCGUCGCUGCUGGCCUUCCUCCUCAACCUGGAGGACGACAACAGCAACACGGUUCUCCACUACAGCGUCUCCCACUGCAACUACGGCGUGGUGGCGCUGCUGCUGGACACAGGCGCCAGUGACGUCAACCUCCAGAACAACGCCGGCUACACGGCGGUGAUGCUGGCGGCGCUGACAGCGCCCGACGCGCCCGGCGGCAUGGAGACGAUCCGCAAGCUGAUGGAGCUGGGCGACGUCAACGCGCGGUCCAGUAAGACGGGCCAGACGGCGCUGCACCUGGCGGUGAGGCACGGCCGCGUGGUGAUGGUGCGCCUGCUGCUGAGCCACGGGGCCGACGCCGACGCGCAGGACCACCAGGGGACCACGGCCCUCAUGUUCGCCUGCGAGAGGGGCCACACGCACGUGGCCAGGCUGCUGCUGGAGAGGGGCCGCUGCGACCUGGCGCUGACGGACAAGCGUGGUCAGACCGCUCUCUCCAUCGCCAUGCAAGGUUCCCACACUGACACCGCCGCCCUCCUGCAGGCGCACGCCAAAGCUCGAGCCCCGUAGCGCCGGAAAAGCGAUGGCGUGACCUGGAGGUCCUGAAAAACACAGUACGACGCUGGUGCUUCGCGCUUUCCUUCCCAAUAGCGUUUUUGACUGACAAUUAGGGGUCACGUGGGACGACAUGGGUCAGUAAAUGUGUUGUUUCCUCCUUUGUGUUUACCGUGUUCAGUUAAGUCUUAUUUGCACAUCCAAGCAGCUGCUUUAUUCUGCAAGCUAUGCAACGAAAAGAUAUUUAUUACAUGUUUGUUAUUGCUGCGCACACAGGAAUAUGUUGCUCAUAAUAAUGUACUAGUAUUAACCUUCUGUUUAUGGAGAAAUACCACCCGAUGCUAAUCAGCACUUUUUAAAAGGAAAUGUGAGUACACGCAGAGUACUCGUUAGGACAGAGCAAUAAAGCAUAGCAAAACAGUUUCUAUGCUGAUGUUUAUGUUCAUGGUUGUCAAUCAAAUAAAACAAGUUAUUUAACAAGUU